GGAAAGGCACCCGACAGCCGCCACCUCCGCCUCAGUUCUCCCGCCCGCCCCCGCGGCCCCGCCGGCUGCCUUCACUUCCCUUCCCGCCCCGCCCAGCUCGGAGGGAGCGGCGUUACUACUGACGUGUCUUUCUCUUCCUCGCUCUCUCUGCCUCUCUGUCCCCCGGCUGAGCCGCACCGCUCGCGGGCUCGGCCGCGGCACCCGUCGCCUCCCCGGAGCUUGAGCACCCGGCGCCGCCACCAUGGGCAUUAAGUUUCUGGAAGUCAUCAAGCCCUUCUGCGUCAUCCUCCCGGAGAUCCAGAAGCCGGAGAGGAAGAUCCAGUUUAAGGAAAAGGUGUUAUGGACUGCAAUCACACUCUUUAUCUUCUUAGUAUGUUGCCAGAUUCCUCUGUUUGGUAUCAUGUCAUCGGAUUCAGCUGAUCCUUUCUAUUGGAUGCGAGUGAUCUUGGCCUCUAACAGAGGCACCCUGAUGGAACUAGGAAUAUCUCCCAUCGUUACCUCUGGUCUCAUCAUGCAGCUUCUGGCUGGAGCGAAGAUAAUUGAAGUGGGUGACACCCCAAAAGACCGUGCUCUUUUCAAUGGCGCCCAGAAGUUAUUCGGCAUGAUUAUUACUAUUGGCCAAUCAAUUGUGUAUGUAAUGACUGGCAUGUAUGGAGACCCCUCUGAGAUGGGUGCUGGCAUCUGCCUCCUGAUCACCAUUCAGCUCUUUGUGGCUGGAUUAAUUGUCCUGCUGUUGGAUGAGCUCCUGCAGAAAGGUUACGGUCUGGGUUCUGGUAUCUCUCUCUUCAUUGCGACCAACAUCUGUGAGACCAUUGUGUGGAAAGCGUUCAGCCCGACCACCGUCAACACUGGCCGAGGUAUGGAAUUUGAAGGUGCCAUCAUUGCAUUGUUCCAUCUGCUGGCUACACGAACAGAUAAAGUUCGGGCCCUUCGAGAAGCUUUCUACCGCCAAAACCUUCCCAACCUCAUGAAUCUGAUUGCCACCAUAUUUGUAUUUGCAGUUGUUAUCUAUUUUCAGGGCUUCAGAGUUGACCUGCCUAUCAAAUCAGCACGUUACCGUGGUCAGUACAACACCUAUCCCAUCAAGCUUUUCUACACUUCCAACAUUCCCAUCAUCCUUCAGUCUGCUCUCGUAUCUAAUCUGUACGUCAUUUCCCAGAUGUUGUCCGCUCGCUUCAGUGGCAACUUAUUGGUUAGCCUGUUGGGCACCUGGUCUGAUACUUCUUCUGGGGGUCCAGCUCGUGCUUACCCAGUUGGUGGCCUUUGCUAUUACCUAUCACCCCCAGAAUCCUUUGGCUCUGUGUUAGAAGAUCCUGUGCAUGCAGUUGUAUACAUAGUAUUCAUGUUGGGUUCGUGUGCCUUCUUUUCCAAAACUUGGAUUGAAGUUUCAGGCUCCUCAGCCAAAGAUGUUGCAAAACAGCUAAAGGAACAGCAGAUGGUAAUGAGAGGUCACAGAGAAACUUCCAUGGUCCAUGAACUAAAUAGGUACAUUCCCACAGCUGCUGCAUUUGGUGGUCUGUGCAUCGGGGCCCUCUCAGUCCUAGCAGAUUUCCUCGGAGCUAUUGGAUCUGGAACGGGAAUCCUGCUUGCCGUCACCAUCAUUUACCAAUACUUUGAAAUUUUUGUCAAGGAACAGAGUGAAGUUGGCAGCAUGGGAGCUCUCUUGUUUUAAACUAUGCCUCUUCAUGGACCUCGAAGAGGGAGAGUAUUCUUGAAUUGUACAAGAAGAGAAAAGAAAUAACCAAAAUCUUGUUACAAGAGCUCUUAUUGAAGGAGUCACAUAUGUCAUGGUAGAACUUUUGUUUAAUAUUCUUUCAUUCCAACUUUUUUGUAUCAUAUGUGCACUUUUUUAAAGUGCUAAAGGAUGUCAAAAAUCUUGUUUUUAAUCCUGGCAUUAGCAAAAAUAAUUGUAGAAAUGGAAUUUUCUUUAUUUGACAUGUGUCCCCUCAGCUUAAUUGAUGUAAAUGAUUAAUAGUUUUCCAAAGUAGCAUCACUUUUUUAAAGAAUUAUUAUGCUGUGAGUUUGUCUUCUCAGCACUGACUGUUGCUGUAGUAGUCAUAAUUUCUACCAUUCAGAGGGACCUAUGAAUCUGGUUAUAAGCACAAACAUCAUUAAAACUGAUCCAGUUCAUACUAGGAGUAGAUGGGAGAAAUCCGACUUUAGACUCAGGUAGCAAGAAGGAAGCAUUAAUCACAUUGAAAUUUUACCAGAGGGUGUUUCUUUUAAAUGACCUGAUGAAAGGCAUCACAUUAGCAUAAGACUGUUUCCAGAUACAUAUUUUUUACUUUUAAAAGGAAUCAAUCUGGGUAGUCUAGCUUUUCCCAGGGAAGAGAAUUAUAGCAUACCUAAGAUUGACAAAUAUAAACAACAGCAACAUUGGGAAGACUGGCAAGUGGCUGAAGCUCUCUUUCUGGUUGUCAUCACCUUUGGCUAUGCUAAUUGAACCAAGGAGGACUAAAAUACCAGAAACUGGUGGUCUUGCUUCCUACGUGCUCAAUGAAUUUUGCUUUUGAGAAGUCAGGAGUUCCUUUGCUUUAAGAAGUUGAGCCUAGCUGGACUAAGCAAUCAGUUUCUCUGGAGAUAUAUUGAAAACUGAUUUUUCUAGACUAGCCUUCCUAGCUCAGAGCUGUGCCUGAGAACCCUCUAAGUGGCAUUUACAUAUCUUAUCCUGAUGCUUCCAGUUUAUAGUUCCAGACAUCUCAUAAUCAUUUUCCCCUGAGUCUUCCUGCCUGUUUGCUCUUUUCACUCCCACCCCUUCAAAAUAUAUUUCCAAAAAGGAAAUAUUUCAGCAAGUAAUUAGGUAUAGAAAGGCAGUCCUGUUCUUAUAGCCAGUUCCAUCAUACACAUUAAUUAUUUUAUAGGAAGAUUUAAAACAUUACCCUACUUGUAUUUUUAGAUCUUUUUUUAAAAAAUUGUACAUAGGACCAAAUACAAGCAGUGUAAAGAAAAGGAAACCAGGGAAUCGGGUUCUAUAAUAAACCAGUAUUGUCCAAAAUGGAGAAAGGGAUAAACGUAGAACAAGUAGUAAGAUCAGAAUUUUAAAGCCUACUUUUUUCAUAUGUUGGUCCAAUAUUAUUUUUUUUUAAGUCUUAAAGAAUGAUGUCCAAAAACUGUUUCCAUCCUCAGCUAUCAAAUGGACUGCAGGAAUUAAGAUCUUUUUGAAUUUGGGGAUAUUUAAGGAAAGGCUGAGAGAUUAAUGUAGUGGGCAUAAGAAAAGAUAGGUUGGCAAAAUUCGCUCGGGUCUGUCUAGUUUGUUGACCUAGAAAUAAGGAAGAUUUUGGAAUUUGGUGGUACCAGAGAGGAAAGAAUCCUUGAAAGGAGAAUGUGGACACAAGGUGAGAAUUGAGAACCCAGGGCUGGUCUGUGGUGCAGUCUGGGGUCAUGGAAGGGGGCUGUACUGGAGAUGAAGGGAGCACAAUGGAAGUUAACCCAUAAGCUACAACUGCCACCUCAGGUGGAGUGUUUUAUAUGAAGUACCGGGUGUCCCAAAGUCUUUAAGCUACUAAUAUGUAGCACUUUUAAUAUAUUAAACUUUUAUUAUAUUAAAAGUGUUACAUGUUAGUAGCUUGAAACUGCACAGAGAUUUUGGAACAUCCUAUAUUUCAACUAGCCCCAAGUCAGGUCUGAUUUCUGCUAGAAAGAGCAAUGUAAAUGUUAAGUCACAUCUAAGAUCUUGGACACUUGAGACUAUCUUUGCCAAAUCGUUUGGAUUUGGUUCAUGGUGGUGGUUGGGUGUUGAAUUGUUGAGAAUCCUCUGUGAUAUUAACAAGAAGCAGCCAAAUAGUGACUUUGAUGGCCUGGAAGUGAGUGGGUAUCAUGGAAUUCUAGAGCCAGAACAGACUUGCAAUUAUCUUAAUUCAUUUUAGAGAAGAAAUUGGGGUAUGAGUCCAAGUCUCCCAGCUUUUCUAGUCCCCAGCACCAUGUGUAACCACAGCUGGGCCCAUCUAGGACCAGAGGAUUAUUUCUGAGACACUGAUCCUUGCCUUCCCCCACAGACAUUGAGCUUUGCUGGCUGCCUUCCAUUGCUAGAGAAAUCUUCUCGCCUUCUGUAAGAUAUCCUCCCCUUCUGACUCUUCCUGCUUAACCCCAUUGUAGCAUGCUACAAGCAGAAACCCAUCAUUGGGGUGCAAGUGUGGAAGAACAAACCAAAUAGUUGUUUGUGCUUUUUAUUUGGUUUUUAAACUACUCCAUAUACACUUGACCUUCACUGGUACCAUUAACCAUGUGUCCCUGACAUUUGCAAGUGACAAAGCAUCCUUGCUCUGUGUAAUUGCCAAGUCUCCAAAUCUGUGGGGUUAGGGCCUUGUGCGACAAUGCAAACUGGGGCCAAUGCUCAGCCACCUUUGGAGGUUUGUUGAUAAGGUAAAUCCUGACAUAACAGAGGAAUGGAAACAAGCCAUGAAUAAAGAAAUGUUUUACAAUUCCA